AUGAAGUUCCAGGCCCUUGCCCUCGCCCUUUUCGCCUCCACAGGCCUCGCAGCUCCUGUCGCCGAGGACAGCAAGCCAGCUGUUUACAGCCUGCGUCUCUCCUCCCGCGUCAAGUCCCUCGACGGCGCGUACCUGACCGCCAACGGAACUCUCCUUGGCGUGUCCUCAUCUCCCUCGGCCAAGCCGGCGCUGUUCACGCCCGUGGUGGACGGCAAGACAGGCCUGGCCGAGCUGCGCACGUACCCGCAGGGGGACGGGGCGCUGGCGCUCGUGGGGCGCAACGGGCUCCUGGAGCUGGCCAGCCUCGAGGACCCGGCCAGCGUCAACGUGCCCGACGGCAUGACGAUCGACUGGACCUCGUUCAAGCUCGAGGAGGAAGCCGGCGCCGCCGCGCCGCUCGAGUACGUCAAGGGUGAGGGCGCCUGGGUCGCGUUCCCUAGGGGGAAUAACAAGGGCGAGUGGAGCGUCAAGUGGAAGGAUGCCGCGGCUCUGACCAUUGCCACCUACAUGCCUGUCAAGGUUGUCUAUGAGCCGGCCAGGGCAUGA